AUGUUUUCUUUAGUUUUAAUUUAACUUGGCUACUUAUUAACCCUAAUUCAAACUCAAUUGUGCUUCAGUGAAGACGCAAUGCCCGUUGUCAUUGGUUAUACAAAUAAAAAUGAAUCAAUAAUUAACACACUUUAAUAUGAAAGUGACUCAGAUUAUCUAUACUUUGGUGGAAUGCUGAACGAUAGUAUACUACUAGGCUUGUAUGCAAAUAAAUUGAAUAUCAACAGAAUAAUUUGGUAAAGAUCUUACAAAUUUAAAGAUUCACCACCUAUGGGUUUAAACAUUGCAUCUGUAUUAGCUUUGAAAACAAAAACAAAUAGAAUUUAUGCUUUAUUAAAAAGUGAAUCUCAUUAAUAAAAUGGCACUGGUUAUUUCUAUCUUAUGUAGACAGAUAUUUCAGGUUUAUUUAGAAAUGGAUUUUAUAUUGAGAGCCAGUUAAAUGAAUUACUCUAAGUCACUGAUUCUUUUGAGAUGAUUUAAGGUGAAUUUUUGCAUAUAUCUACUUAAGAUAAUGAAAGUAGAGGAGUUAUCUAUAAGAUAGACAUGGGAAAGUAAAAAAUAAUCGAAAAGAUCACCAUUAAUUUCAUAAAUACAACUGUUUCAUUUAUUAAAAAAUUAGAGAAUUCUUAUGAAACUACCCUAAUUGGAGGCAGAUAUAAAAAUAUUUAAAAUUUAAAUGGCUAUGAUUUAGGAGGCAAAAAAUAUGGAUUUUUAGUAGUAAAUUCAUAAAAUGUUGAAAGAAUAUUCUACAGCCAAUUAGCAGCUACCUAAAACAAACUAAAAUGUUCUGGAGUUUCAAUAAACUCUUACGGAUUGUUUCAAGUGUAUUAUACCCAAUUCAAUGAGCAAGGGUAACCUGCUACUUUUUAACUUUAAUUUGAUGGUUCUAUAUUCGAUACCACAAACUCAGUAGUCCCAAAAAUAAAGGUAUCAUACCACUUAUUAUUAAAAGACAAUGGCUAUAUUGUGAAUAUAUAGCGUUAGGCAUUUGUCAUGAUCAAAGAUAUAUUCUUUUAUGCUGGAUUCUUUAGAUAAGAAAAUUCUUAAUAAUAGGCUGCAUUUAUCAGUAAAAGCAAAGGAAUUUAUUAUGAAAUCUAUAAAUUUAUUAUUGAUUCUAUCCAAGAUCAUACAUAUAUUGAAAGUGCUACUCCUUUUGAUAUAACUAUGCCAGUGGUAGUUAACAAUACUUAAACUGAUCUAUUGAUGUAUUUAGGUCUAAACACAUAUUAAGAAUAUAUAGGGGCAAUAUAUAAGGUCAGAUCUCCCCUUGAGGAUUGA